AUGGCAACGUAUGAAUCCAUCGUGCGAAAUCUAGACACUCUCACGUCCUCACGUCGACGUAUACUUAUAAAAGUCUUAAUAAUUUCCACCAUAUCUCUGCGUCUAUCCAUACCUAAUAACCCACCGGAUACAAAAACGCUUGAUACUCGAUGGUUGUUGGCACGUACUAUUGAAAAUUUAUGUGUCCGUAACCUCUACUCUGAAGAGACCCUGAAUGUAAAUGAACACCCAUCCGAGUAUGCUUUUCAAUCUGAGUUUGCUAUCCUCUUCAAGAAUAUACUUAGCCAUGUAUAUCCAAGUUUGCGAUACAGAGUUUUGGUCGAAGCAAAGGAGUAUGUGGAAAGUGACAUCCGCCGUCAGCGUUUAGACCUCCUCAUCCGUGACGGUUCUACACUGCCCACAUAUGGCUUUGAACUUGUCGUUUCAGCAAGCAAGACGAAAUUUAAAAACGACAUCAAACGUUCGCAACACUACGGGAAAAUCCAUAAUUGUAUUAUGUUCAUGGUUAACCUAUGUCCCAAUCCCAUACUGGGUUCUUAUUUCGGAGAAAGUGAUGAGCAGUUUGAGGAUAAUGAUGAGGACGAGAAAGUGGAGGAGUAUGAAGAGUAUGAGGAGUAUGAGAGGGUUACUGUAAAUCCGCAUGUUCUUCAACAGAACAUAGUCUAUUCGACAGUUAAGACACCUGAAAUUGAAAAA